ACUGGGGCAUCUCCCAUCACCGUCUGUUUUGACAAUCGAUUGGCCUCUCUUUCACUUUUUGUCUCUCGUUUUCGCAAACUGUUUUAAUUCCAGAACUAGAACCGUCGACUGCUGGCUCAGCUUUACAUGACACACGUCUCUUGCAUCUUCGAGCUUCGGAACAAAAAUGCAGGCACAUCGUCCACGAAGACAAGACACGUUCGAUCUGCGUGACCAGAUGCACCCGGAUGACACGAAACACGCACACCAGCAGUACACUCAAGGCGGUGUCAUAUCUGAAUCAGAGCAUUCUAUUAUGGAGGAUUCCUCAGAUGCGGAGGGUGAAGAUCUCGUUCAGGAGGGUAUGGAAUCAAUGGACCAUACUUACGGUGCAGAGCGGGAUCAUGACUUGGACGACAACGAGGAAGACGACACUAUUGGAGACUACAUGUCCGAUUCGUCUUCAUCUUUAUCCAUCCCAAACGAGUCCAUAGACUUUGAUCUCGUAUAUUCUCUGACAAACUUUGCUGCGACCGUCGAAGGCCAGGCGAGCGUCGUGAAGGGCGACAGUCUUUUUCUCAUGGACGACAGUAAUAGCUACUGGUGGCUAGUACGUGUUCUAAAAACGCAGGAGGUUGGAUAUAUCCCCGCGGAAAAUAUAGAGACUCCUUUUGAGAGACUCGCGCGAUUGAACAGACAUCGUAAUGUCGAUCUUGCUUCAGCGACCCAGGCCGAGAUGGACAGUAUUAACCCGGCUGCUUCUAAGUCGUCUCGAACUCGCAACCGUGUACAGAUUUCUGCGCCAGCAUCUGACUCUAAUGGGGGUGAAGACGGUAAACGCGGUGUUGCUUUCCAUCGGUCGUCGAGUAUAUUCCGAUAUCCUCCCGCUGUUUGGAACGAGGAAGAUGAGGAAGGAGAGGGAGAAUGGGACGAAGAUGACGUCGAAAUUGAGGACGCUCCAGUAAAGGAUACGUCGGGAUCAGCUGAAGAUUUUCAGGCGAACAACAACGAAAUGCAGACGGACGUGGAGAGCGUCGAGAGGUCGGCGACAAGCACUGAGGACGUUGAGAUGGAAUGGUCAGAUGCACGGCGACAAAAUGUGCCAGCUGCGUUGCGCCCUGUGGCGCAUGCUGCGACGCAAUCUCAGCAAGUUCAACCUGACCAACAGCAAGUACAGCAGGCUCAACCACAAGCACAGCAGCAGGCUCAACCACAAGUACAGCAGCAGGCUCAACAGCAGGCGCAGCAACCGGCACAGCAACAGCAACAGCCUCAGUUGCGAAGUCAGACGUCACGAGAACGCUUGAUUGCGCAACAGGGCGCACAAAUGGGGCAGCAAGAGGCACGACCCACGCAGAUACUUGAUCCUGCGCAACAGACGGAAACCAAGAAACUGGUCAUUACACCCUCCAUCGCAAGAGACGAACCCGUCAAGCAGGAGCAAGAGCAACAACAGCAGCGGACUCCCGGACCUUUAUACCCAAGUGCUAUUAUUCAAAAGCAGCAGGAGAAACUCGAGCAGGAGCGAAAGCGUGCACGAGAGGAGAUCGAGGCUGCCGAAGAAGCUGCACGGAAACGCGCUGCAAAAGGCAGAGAUAUUGGACUGGGACCCGCCCCUGUCCAGCCACAGGCACAACCUCAGAAAGAGUUGACGCGUUCAGCCAGUCAGGAAACACGAUCAUCCGCAGGAUCUGUCCCGAGCAGCGGUGGUAAAUUACGGAAGGAACGCAGCGACAAAGAUAAGGAGGCAGAGGACAGCGAGCGAGACAGUUCGAAAGAGAAGAAAAAGAAGGGUGGUGUAUUUGCUGGGCUCUUUGGGCGCAAGAAGGACAAAGAGAAGGGCAGCAAGACAUCAAUCGAGAACAUUGCAGGAGCUGCAGCUGACGGACGGUUAAGAAAUUCGGAGGAAUCUAGCGCCACUGUGUCUUCCAGCACCCACUCUCACAACCAGUCAUACACGAGUUCACCACCCGAAUCUGGAAGGGGCGUUACAUCACCUAGUCCGGGCGCUCGUCAGACGGUUCAGCAGCGCGUCCCGACGCCCGUGCAGCAGCCACAAAGGAAUCAGUCUCCUACUCCAGUAACUCAGAUGCCCCUACAGCCAUCAAUAACUUUACAAGUCUCACAACAUGCUUCCUCACUCCGAGAGCGUGAUCAGCAGCAACAAGCUCUGUAUUUCGAGUACCUCAAACGUUCACCAUCGGCGCCUGAUCAGCCUUCAUAUGCCACGCAAUCAGCCUCACUUGUCAUGCCCACCCAAGGAUCCGGUUCAAUUUCGGGUUCACCCAAUACAUCAGGACUUGGACUGGGACUUGCACCCGUUAACUCCUCCUUCCGUACGCCGAGUGGUAGACCAGGUUCUCUCAUCUUGUCUCCAGCGACCGGUCCUGAUGGGCAAAGCGGCAUAGGCUUACCAGAACUCAGCGUCAUUCGAGUCUUUGCAGGCGACAACUUGCAAAGCGAUGCAACUUUCAAGACGGUGCUACUCAAUUCAUCGACAACGGUCGCUGACCUAGUGCGUCAGUCGAUGCAACGGUUCCGUCUCGCUGCCGGUGAAGAUGCCUCAGACUAUUAUUUGACCGUUAAGCAAGUUGAAGGAUCUAGUUUAAAGCUUACGUCCGACAUGAAGCCACUUGGCGUGUUUGAGCAGCUUGUGGAGGAGGCGGAACAAAUGCCGAAGACAGUCAAGCGAAGUAGCAUGGGCAGUAUAAGCUCCGUCGCAAGCAACCUAUCCGCUCACCCUGCAAUCCGCAAACUUAAUAUGAAUGACUUUACGGAUGACUCAGCAGUUAAAUUUUACUUGAACCGGGUUAGCGAUCGAGACAGGGAUGAAUCAGAUCUUACUGAUUCCUCUGGUGCAGCCAGUAGAACCGGAGCAGAUGGUGAUGGACGAGGUCGUACCGUAUCCGCUUCAAACUCAAGCCUAAGCAGUGGCAGCCCAGAAAGAUUCAGCUCUCCUUCAGUUCGGUUCCCGAUGCAACUGAUCAUAUAUCCUAAUGAACUGCCCGACAAUAUGGUCUUCGAUCCACAUACCGAGGCUAUCGUCUUCAAGGAGACUUUACGUGACAGAUCGGAAUCAAGUGCUGCUGUCAACCCUGGUGUUUCUCAAAAUGAGCGGAAGAAGUAUUUCAGCUUCCCGAAGAACAUUACGGUUGCGGAGGUCAUUGAGCUUGGAUUGGAACGCUUUGGCAUCUUAGAGGGCGUUGUCGAUGGAGGAGAUGAAGUUGAAGAUAAGUUAACAAAGCGGCGUAGUUCCUCCCGUGUGCGUUACACCUUGACGGUUAAAUUUGAUGGACAAGAACGCGAGCUGCAGCCAUCGGGCAAGGUUAUAGAUGCUUUCCCUCGUCCACCAAUGUUUAGGCGAUCAAGCGAAAUGAAGCGCCGUUCUGUGGAUUCGGCCCAGCUUCUCAUGGGAUCUAUGGAGGACAUCCAGAAUGAUGAUCCCUUAUUCAUCUUGCGUCGCGCCGUUGCAUACAGGUCUACGUCAACGCGCCACCAUCGACUUUCUGCUCCUCUUGAUGAGCUUGCGCUAUCUCACUUGCAUCGCGAUUCAGCAUCGUCUGAUUCAACUGUGACCUCUCCCAGCGACACAAAGCCUCGCCAGCUAUCUCGUCAAGAAAUCAUUGCUGCACAGCGUGCUGCAUCUAGAGCAAAUCAGAAAGCAGUUCUGUCGACUCAGGUUAACUCCCAGCGCGGGGUUGACGUCAUGCUGCCUGACAAGGCAAUGCUUCGUAGUCAACGAGUUGACACAGAUAGCAAGAUACGUUACUCGUACAUGCAGCCAGAUGGCGAGACAUAUGAUAUCAGCGAUAUUGUGGAGGAAGAGUUCAGGGCAUCGAAUCCAUCUCAGUCGCUUAGUGCAUCAAGCUCUGAGGGUUCAACAAACGACCUUCUAAGCGGGGCUAUGAAGGGAUCACAACCGAGCGUCUUAAUCAACCGUGUCCUUGACAAGAUAAAGAACGGGCCAGUCACCCAAUCACACUCAACGUCGACGUUCCGUUCGACUUCGCCUUCCAUGUACUCUGAGGAUGGUCAGAGCGAUGGCUCUGGUAGUCGGGCUGCGACUCCAACUGCAUCGGGGAUGGCGCAUCGUUCAAUCACCCCGACUGCAAGCAAGGAUACCAGUACAGGCAGGUCACGAUCUGUCACCCCUACGGCUGGUGGAACAGAAGAAUCGGAAAGCCCAACACACCGCCAUUAUCAGCCGUCCAUUGAAUCUGUAUUAUCAGAUGUCUCAGAUUAUCGUACUGCAGCUUCAGGGACGCCACUCGCUAUGGCUCCAUCUCGCGCUGCGAUGAGCCCUUCGCCUAUAAUGGCAAAACGACCUAAAAUCCCGAAGGAUGAGUUUGGACUAACUGAGAUGCUCGCUGUUAUCAAAACUAGGGCUAUGCUUGGUAAGGAGCCGCGUCCACCCUCACCGGACGAAGUGGAAAAGUUGUACUUUGGCACACCUAUUGAUCUUGAGACUGUUCAUCCGCAAGUUCGCGAUGUAUAUGCGGGGACGUUCAAGAAGAUGAAGGAGAUAGACAUGGUGAGUUUCUGA